ACCAUGUUAUUCUUAAUUUUCAACCAUUGAUUUUUGACAAACUGGUAUCUACAAUGCAGCACCAGCAACUAUGAGUGAUUCUGUCUGAAGUAACUUAUGAAAAAGUGUAAAAUGUGCACCACCAGAUAAAAUCCAGCGGGAAAAAGAGAGUAUUGUCCCACAGUCAGCAGGCCACUAGCUUAUUAACUUCCAGUCACUUUCAUUUUUGCUAAAAUGAAGACUCUUCAAUCUACACUUCUCCUGUUCCUGUUUGUGCCUCUGAUAACGCCAGCACCACCAUCUCAACAGGAUUCACGCAUUAUCUAUGAUUAUGGAACAGAUAAUUUUGAAGAAAGCUUAUUUAGCCAAGAUUAUGAGGAUAAAUCCCUGGAUGGAAAAAGUAUUAAGGAAAAAGAAACUAUGAUAAUAAUACCCGAUGAGAAAGGUUUUCAAUUACAAAAAGAUGAGAGUAUAAAACUAUUAUCCCCCAAGAAAGAAAAUGAUGAAAUGCCCACAUGCCUGCUAUGCGUUUGUUUAAGUGGUUCUGUAUACUGUGAAGAAGUUGACAUUGAUGCUGUACCACCCUUGCCAAAGGAAUCAGCUUAUCUUUAUGCACGAUUCAACAAAAUUAAAAAGUUGACUGCCAAAGAUUUUGCAGACAUACCUAACUUAAGGCGACUUGAUUUUACGGGAAAUUUGAUUGAAGAUAUAGAAGAUGGUACUUUUUCAAAACUUUCGCUGUUAGAAGAACUUACAUUAGCUGAAAAUCAACUACUGAAACUUCCAGUUCUCCCUCCCAAGCUUACUUUAUUUAAUGCAAAAUACAACAAAAUCAAGAGUAGAGGAAUCAAAGCAAAUACUUUCAAAAAAUUGAAUAAACUAUCCUUCCUCUACUUGGACCACAAUGCCCUGGAAUCUGUGCCUCUUAAUUUACCAGAAAGUCUGCGUGUAAUUCAUCUUCAGUUUAACAACAUAACUUCAAUUACAGAUGAUACAUUCUGCAAGGCUAAUGACACCAGUUAUAUUCGGGACCGCAUUGAAGAGAUACGCUUGGAGGGCAAUCCCAUCAUCCUGGGAAAACAUCCCAACAGUUUUAUCUGCUUAAAAAGAUUGCCUGUAGGGUCAUACAUUUAACCACUAUCAAUGCAGCACAUAAGCUAAAGUACACACAUACUUAUAAUCUGUCUCAACAAUGUCUAAAGGAGCUUAAGUAUUUAAUAUUAAUUCUGUAUCCUACUAUGAAGGAACUUAUGUUUUAAGCAAGGAUGUUCAAAAAACCUUACAUAUAACAACAAGCAAAAGGUAAGAGUGAAUCUCUAAGUUCAAAAUAAAGUAAUGUGAAAAUAUUUGAACAGCAUUACAAAAUCCCUGCAGUUUAUACUAGAGUACCAUUUAAAAGGUAUGUUUUUAUAUAAAUACCCAAAUUUAAGACGUAUUACGAAGUGAAAGGAUAAGUCCAAGAAACUUUCAACUGUCUUUCCUGGCUUCUACCAGAUCCCUAAAGCAUUUAAGGCAUAUGUUCCAAAAACUUUGAAAAGCUAAAUAUUUCCAGGGACCUCUCAUUUUUCUUUUAUCAUUCAUACAUUAUUCAUUAUGAAGUAGGAACUAUGUUUUCUUUCUAUUAAGGCAGCUACUAUAUUUUUACUUAGCCUCAGAAAUAGGAAUAUAGUCUCAUACCUAGGCAAAACUUUCCAAAUAAAGCAUAAUUUUACUCUCUGAGAAAGAGCUAAUAUAGUAAUGUUCAGUUAUUCUGCUUUGUGAUCACACAAUUAAAGGCUUUAGCAAAAUAGUACAAAAUUUUCUUUAAUCUAAAUAUUAACAUUCUAAGUCCACCAUAAAUCACUUUAGGAAGCCAAGCACAUCAAAAUCAGUAUGCUUAUUAAAAAACCUGAAAGUCCAUCCUGUCUCUCAGAACAUAGCCAUAAAAUUCUCCACUGUAAUGGCUUUCAAUUAUGAUAUAUACUGCAAAAUAUUUUCUUUUUAUACUAUAGGAAUGAGAAUCUCAUCAAUAAAUUUAUCCAAAUGUAAGACAUGAAAACAAAGUGAAUUCUGUGGUGUUACUACUACACACCACCUUCCCACCCACCCACACACAUCCAUGUUCUUGAGAACAGACCACACAUUCAAAAGAAAGCAUCUCAGCAACAUUUUCUAGAGACCCAUGAUUAACUGGUAUGUUUAAAGAUGAGAAUUCAUUUUCAAUCUAAUAAUGAUGAUAAAGUUCCUAAAAUUACUUUCCUCUUGCGCAAACCCCACUCAAAAGUCUUAGUUUCCACACUGCUUUGGGUUGCAUAUAAAAUGAUCAGUGCUUUAGAAACAAGAGUCUGAACUGUGUAUAUAAAAAUUGCCGACAUUGUUUCCAACAUAAAUUAUGCAUUAGAAUCAAGUUGGUCUCUGUAUACUAUUCCCAGAACAAACACUAUUGGUGGUUUUUCAUUUGCUUCUGUUUUUUCUGUACGUAGAAUGACCUCCUGUUUUUCAAUUUUCCCAUUUGUCAAGGUUGAUCCCAAGAUGAAAUUUUUUCACUAAAACACCUGUGAUCUCUUAACGCCACAGUAAUUACUGCUACAACACUAACGCAUUCACUGAUUUUUAUUAUGGUAACUGGUAACAAUAACUAUUAUACUGCUUUCUCAC